GCCAGAGAAACCAUGUCCAUCACAAAUACGUAGCAGUGUUAUGAGGAAUCUACUUGAUUUGUUGCCAAUAUUGGGUGAGUAACUUGACUUUUAUUUGAAAGGGCAACAUAAAUGUAAAGUAUUUAAAUGGACUUGUAUUCUAACUUCUAACUGCAAUGUGCUAUCGAUUUCUCUUUCCAGCUCUGGCGAGUUCGAUCAUCGAGAUAAGUACGUUUGUCAAAGUGGUGCUUGAGAUAUUGAGAUCUUUUUUGUUUGUCCUCAUACUGUGUAGAAGAAGAGCUAGAGCUACAGUUGCGUAAACUGCUGUAGAUUCAGCUGCUCAGCAUCUUAACUCUAUUUUAAAGGUUCAGUGUGCAACAUUUAGGAGGGUUUAUUGGCAGCGGAAAAAAUGAAUACACCACCCAUAGGUGGAUCGGUGUCUCUUCAUCCAGUCCUGACUGGUCCCCAAAUGGCCUAUCUGGGCUCGAGGGUGGCUUUCCGGUGCAUCGCAGCUGACUCUCCUCCACCGGUCACCUAUGAGCUGAUGCAGGAUGGUGCUUUCCUCCUCGACACUGGCACUGAUCUCCAAGGAGAGCAACCUGCGUCAUUCUUUCUCAAGGUCACUACAACCUCAGCGGGGUCGUACCAAUGCAGGGCGUCGACUGGAGGAAGCACAGGUGUCAGCAACAUUAUCAACCUGAGCGUAGUCACUCCAGCAUUAAACACCAGAGUGACCUCUGAACCCUUCCCCCCAGUCGCAUAUGAGGGGUCGCGCCUCAUCCUCAAAUGCACCGUCACACAGGGCUCCCACCUGUCCUAUACGUGGUUUUUCAACAGGAAGGAAGUGACGUCUUCGAAUUCUCCGUUGUUCCUCCUCAACGGGAACACACUGGUGGUGGAGCAGCUGACUCCAGAGCAUGCUGGCUUCUACUCCUGCAUAGCUUGGUCCAUGGUCCAGGACAUCAGGAGGUUUUCAGCCAGCAACGGGGUCCAGGUGACAGUCAAAGUUUACGUGUCAAAGCCGAAGAUCUCUUUCUCCAUCUCCAAAGAGGGAGACAGUUACCAGGGCAACGUCACCUGCUGGUCAACAAGGGGGAGUCAUCCAGUCAACCUCUCUCUUUCCUUAGAUGAUAAAGAAGUGGGCUCAGUCCCGACAACAGAAUCUCUUGCUGCCUGGUUCUCUGUUGCCAUGGUGCCUGGGCUGGAUAUGGGUGUGGCACGAUGCCGAGUUAAAACCGAAAUGCAGGAGUUGAUGAGUGAGCCUGUGACUCUGGAAGUGGUCCCAGUCGGCGGUGACGUGAAUGUGGAGGUGGAAUAUCUCUACACAGCCGAUUCCACACUGGCCGCAGCCAGACUGAGGUGUCUGGUUGGCAGAGGGACUUUCCCUCACAUCUCCUGGCUCUUGAAUGACUCUGUCCUUCCUUCCGUUGAGACACAUGUGGACGCCCACUGUCAGUCUGUGCAGACUCACUUUGCCUUCGCCGACAAUAGACAAACCCUUAUCCUCACCAAGCUGGACUCAGAGGAGUCUGGGUAUUACCGCUGCAGGGUCAGGGACGACUACGAUGACUCUGGGCCUUGGGUGGGGAGUAUAGCUGUGCUGGUCCAUUAUGAAGACAGGAGCCUUAACUCCAUGCCUCAAGCAACUCAUCCCACUGAAACAACACCAAAGGCGUUCACGAGCAUGACAGAGACGAUCGCCAUUGCGUUCUGCUGCUUCCUUCUUCUGAUGAUGGCAGUUGGCAUCACCUGCAUUUACAGGAUGUUUGACCCAAAACAAGCUCGGCCACACAUCGAUAUGACAAAUCCUGACACAAUUCCUCCGUCUGAGCCCCGGUCCCGGUCAGGAGAACAGCAGGCUGAGAAUUCCUCUACAGACUAUGACGUCUAGUGUCAGUGUAACACAGGAGGAGGAGGAGGAGGAAGAAGAACCAUCGCCUUUUAACCAAUAUAUAUAUAUAUAUAUAAAGUAUUAUAUAUAAAUGCCAAUAUUUCAGCUUUUUUUUUGGCCUGUAGUUGCAUGUAUUACUUUUCCCCUGAUCUGCAAUUUAUUACAUGGUGGAAGAAGCAGUUAUUAUAUUUGCAAAAAACUACUGUACACUGUCUUUUUAUUUU